CCAAUUUUAAUUUAUUUUCCUGCAACUGCGAUCUUUUAUUUAUUUUCCUGAAAGUCGAUUCCUUCGGACAACGAUGCAGUUGCAUUACGUUUCUGAAUCUCAUUUAUUAAUUUCUGCUCCAAUUCAUUUUUGAAUCUCUCUUGAUUACUCAGUGAAGCCUUCUAUGCAAAACAGACCACUAAAUUCUCAAAAUGUUGCUGAUGCUUUACAAAAGUACAAUCUUAAAAAGACAGCUGUUCAAAAAGCAUUGGAUUCUCUCUCUGAAAGUGGUCGAAUUUCAUUCAAAGAAUAUGGCAAGCAGAAGGUAUACCUUGCUCGGCAAGAUCAGUUUGACAUUCCCAACAGUGAGGAGCUUGAUCGAAUGAAAAAAGAAAAUGCCAAACUGCAACAAGAUUUGGAAGAUCGAAAGAAAGCAGUUAGUGAGGUUGAAGCAGAAAUUAGAGCCUUGCAGUCAAAUUUAACACUUGAACAAAUACGUGCCAAAGAAGCUAAACUAAGAGCUGAAGUUGAGGAAAUGGAGAGAAAACUGAAGAAAUUGCGAGAAGGUGUCACUUUGGUGAGACCAGAAGAAAGGAAGAUGGUUGAGGAGAUUUAUUUGGAGAAAAUCAGCCAAUGGAGAAAGCGUAAAAGGAUGUUCAAAGAUCUAUGGGAUGCAAUUACUGAGAACUCUCCCAAGGACCUUAAAGAAUUCAAGGAGGAACUUGGAAUUGAAUAUGAUGAAGAUGUUGGAGUGAGUUUCCAAUCAUUAUGUGAUUUAGUGCAACAGGGUAAGAAGCGUGGUAGAGGCCAAUGAUUUUCAUCUGCUAUGCUAUAUUACUCCAUCAAGGGAUUCAAGUGUAUAGGUUUCCUAGUGUACCCAAGUAUCUGCUUCAGCUCCAUGUAUAUUUUGCAUGGCUUGAAUAGCUCUAGGGUUCUCCAUCCUGAAUCCCUGUCUCUGUUAAUUACUUAGUUCAUAAUCUUCAAAACAUAGCAGUGCUGAAGGGUAGGGUAGAACUAGAUUCUAGAAUGUUGAGGCAUACCUCAAGGCCAUAAUACAUGCUUUUUGGGGUUCAGAAGAGGGGGAAAAAAUUUACAGACCAGUAUCAUGUAUCCAUUCUCCAAACUAUCCUUAUAUUAAGCCCCGCUCUACAAUCAUAAAGAAUUAUAUUUGUAUUGGUGAUUAAUGGUUUAAUUGAGACUUUCCAAUGUUAACCUGCUUUGUAUGGACCAAAGCUUGGAAUUAACAA